UUUAUUCAGUACAAUGUCAGAAAUUAAAAAAAGAUAUUCGGCUACUGCAUUAUAUUGCGCUCGCUCGCCCAAUUUCUGAAACAGCAAAUAUCGACUCUUCUCGCUUCAAUUCUCAGAUUUUGAUUACAAACAGCUAUAGGAUUUUUGCGAUUCCAGCUUGCACCAAUUUCUGGGUGUUUGUUGUUUUGAGUACACGAGGCGGAGAAUGGUCAAAAGAUAUGGAGAGUUUUGAUGUAUACGAGAUACCAUGUUGCAGUUCUUAGAGGGAAUCAAGCAUUUAUGUGCUCCACUGAUCCAUUGUUGUGAACCUGGCAGCCAAUCCGGCGGCUUUGAGGAUCCUGAAAUUCUUGCACGAGAGACCGUGUUUAGCGUAAGUGAAAUUGAAGCACUUUAUGAGCUAUUUAAGAAGAUUAGCAGUGCUGUGAUCGAUGACGGGCUUAUCAAUAAGGAAGAAUUUCAACUAGCAUUAUUCAAGACAAACAAAAAAGAGAGCUUGUUUGCUGAUCGGCAGGUGUUUGAUUUGUUUGACACAAAACACAAUGGAAUACUUGGUUUCGAGGAGUUUGCUCGUGCACUUUCUGUAUUCCAUCCAAAUGCUCCUAUUGAUGAUAAGAUUGAGUUUUCUUUUCAAUUGUAUGAUCUCAAGCAACAAGGUUUCAUAGAGAGGCAAGAGGUGAAGCAAAUGGUAGUUGCCACUCUUGCUGAAUCUGGUAUGAACCUGUCUGAUGACGUUAUCGAGAGCAUAAUUGACAAGACUUUUGAAGAAGCUGAUACAAAGCAUGAUGGGAAGAUUGAUAAAGAGGAAUGGAGAAUGUUAGUUUUGCGACAUCCAUCGCUCUUGAAGAAUAUGACCCUUCAAUAUCUCAAGGAUAUCACCACUACAUUCCCGAGCUUUGUUUUUCACUCAAGAGUUGAGGAUACCUAGUUCCCAGCUGUGAUUAAGUUCGUUGUUGUUGAUGUUUUAUAUAAGGUUACUUUGGUUUUUCAACUGUUAUCGCAUUCAAGAAUGCAGAUUAUCUCGUAUGGUGUUGUCUGCCGACUAUAUUUACAUUGUAGUAAUUCUGCUGGUUUUUGGAUUGUUAUUAAUAUAUGCCAUUCCUUAUUUUAUGUAUUUUUUCCAGUGGAAGUUGCCCA